AUGACGGAUCCAGACUCCGAUUAUAAUUCAUCUGAGGAUGAGGAUUAUGUGCCAGAAGAGGGAGUGGAAGACGUUGAUUACCCAUCUGGGGGAGAGGUUGAUGAAGUGAGCGAAGCUGAUGGCGAGGUAGUGGUGACUAAAAGAAAAAGAGCUGGCAAGGAUAAUCUUCCGAAUUCCACCCAAAAAUCAUCUACCUCUGCAGACGGCGAUGUGGAAGAGGAUGCUAAAGCAGCAUUCUUGGCGCUAAUGUCUGAAGACGAUCCCAUUCUUGGCAGAAAACGAGCAGACAUUCUACCUGACUCAUUAAGUACUUCGAAUGCGAGCACGUGCGUGAAUGUGGUGGCUUCCAGUUCAUCAUCUUCUUCGGAUCCGGAACAUCACGAACUGAAAGCUGAAAGUAAAGUGAUCACAGAAGUUUUCGACUUUGCAGGCGAUGAAGUGAAGGUGCAACGGACAGUCACUGCAGAGGAGGCAAAGGAAAUAGAAGCUAGAGAAAAGAGGAAAGAGAAUGAGAAGAUGAAGAAGCCACCACAAAAGAGAUUGGGUCUUGGGGGUGCCUUAACGCUACUCGCGAAAAAGCCGAAGAUGUCCGUUCUUGAUAAAUCAAAUCUUGACUGGAACAGUUUCAAGGAAGAAAACAAUCUAAAGGAAGAAUUGGAGACUUUUAAUCGUGGUAAAAAUGGAUAUUUGGACAAGAUGAACUUCUUAUCGAGAAGUGUCGUUGUGAUAUUACGUUGCGUCGAAGAGGAUUUCCCCACACAGUUUCCAAGCAAAAUCUUCGAGGACGAGAAGGUUACUCUGCCGUUUAUUUCAAAGCAAUGA